ACUGCCAAUAAAACGCUUUCUUCGAAGCCGGUUGUAGGUUUUAUUUUUUAUUUUGUUUAAUUUUUCUGUAUUGUAAAAUACAAACAAGGUGGAGGUAAAAAAUUUCCUUCGCUUGCAGCCGAUAUCCACCCAACCAUGGAUAAAAUCAAAAUCGAAGAACAGGAUAGACCCCGGCCAUUUCAGACGAGUAUUAGAGUGGAAGAAUCAAACCAAUUACCUUAUAAAAAUAGUAGAUUGCAGCAAGAAAGCUUAGGACUAUUUAGUUCUGGAAUUGGAGACAGAAAAUCAUUCCAGGAUGUAUAUGUAAAUACUAGUAGCUCAGUUAAACUACAAGAUUAUACGGAAAGCGAAAAAAGAUAUAACCCAUUCGCAAGUAACGAUUUCUACCACUUACUAGAUCAACCAUGUAGUAGCAAACAAGCCGAUUUCAUUUUAAAACAAUAUGAAGAUGUUACUGUGGAGAAAGUGGUGAAGAAAAUAAAGAAACGGUUUCAAUGUCCAAUAUGCAAAAUAGGUUUAUCAUCUUCAUAUGUUCGUGUGCAGCACAUCGACUACCAUUUCAAGUACAACCCUGUCAGUUGUUUCAGCUGUGGUAAGUUCUUCGUCAAUAAGAAACGGUAUUUUUUCCAUAACGUCAUUCAUUGCAUAAAAAAGAGAAGACCAAGGCGAGAGAUACCUGUACAUGUAACCAUAACAGAAGAACCAUUUGAAAACAAUCUUGUAACGAACGGGAAGGUUACUGACGAUUCCGUAAUCUUCAAUAAGCCCCAAUUCGAGUGUGAGGUUUGCCUAGAACAACUCACUAGUUUCGAUGCUCUCCAGCAACAUUUAAAGAGCCACCCGAAAAGUUUUGACUGCGAUCUUUGUCCCAAGACAUUCACUCGAAAGUCGACACUAACGCAACACAAGCUAACUCAUUUAAGCCCGCAAUUCAAGUGCGAAAUAUGUUUUAAGUUAUUUAAAAGUAAGUCGAACAGAAAUAGACAUUUACUGACUCAUUCCCAGAUAAGAAAUAGCUAUUUCAAAUGCACUAUGUGUCUACAGAAGUUUUCCAAAACGAUCUCGUUCGUAAAUCAUUGGUUCGCACACCAAGAAAAGCUCCAGCAACAAUGCAAAAGGUGUAAUAAACGGUAUAUUAAGUACUACGAGUUGUUGAAUCAUUACAAGAAGGAGCAUUUUUCGAUUCCUGAAGAAAUCACGUUUGCUUGUUGUCCCUAUUGUGAAUUAAACUUCACAAAAGAUUCUCUUCUGGAACAUCUAGAUACUAAACAUGAAGAGCUCAAAGAGUGUGGUCUGAAGAAGCCUUUUACAUGUCAAUAUUGUCCUAUGUCGUUCAUCUCUGAACAAGCUUUAGAAAACCACGUAGCAGUAGAUAGACGACCUGUUCAAUGUAACAUUUGUUGUAUAGAGAUCUGCAAUCAUGACAGUUUAGUUAAGCAUCUACAAGAAGCUCAUAUUAAUUUAAAAACUCCCUUUCUUUGUGUAAUAUGUACUCGGGAAUUUCCCGAUAAAGAUACUUUAGUAAGCCAUUUGUUGUCAGAACAAGGCAACGACUCAGCAGAGUAUUUUAAGCAGUGUGAGAUCUGUCGCUGGAACUUUUUCGAUGAGCAAGAAUUUAACGCCCAUUGGAAGGCGUUGCACCAUUUACAGCUUCCCGUUGAAGAAGUCGUAGAACAACAGGAAGUGAACGAGCCUGUAGUUGAAGAAACCGACGAAGCUAAAGACGAAUUUGAUAUUGUUUAUCAAGCGCUAGAGAUAAAGGAGGACACGGUUGAAUAUAGCGGGUUUUUUGAUCUUUGCUGAACGUUUUAUGUAUUGGAACUAAAUCUACGCCUGUAGAGCUCUGUCGAAAACCUAUUUGGGCUUGUGAUUAACUGUACGUAUAUCUAGAACGGGUGAUCAAGUUAUGGGAGACUUUUGGUAUAGUUUUGUUGAGCCGUUUCAAAGAAAUUACUAUUUUAACCCAAUAUUGCCCAAUAAUUUUAUCAAAACGAAAUCAAAACUUCAGAAUGAAAUAAAGAUAGGUUGUUUUUAAUAGCUAUGUGCAAAAUUUACUUUUUUUUUUCUUUAUAACUGUCUUUUUUGACGUAUGGUAUGAUACGCUGGGCAAUGAAGGACACAAUAUUUCAUAAAACAUUAUUUAUUUUAAAAUUUUUACAUGUGAAAUUUGACAAAACAUCGCUCGGGAUGAAGUUCUAUAUUACAUUUAAUGCAUCGAUAUUUGGUACACUUGCAACAUUUGCCGCACUUUUGUUGUAUUUCAAUUUUGUCCACUAAAUGACCCACACUAUCCAAACAAAUUUUGUCAGCAACAUGUUCUGAAGAUUUUGGACGUACUCCACGUGACUUGGAAUAUCUGGAGCUAUCAGCAGAGCCUCUACAAUUCGCCUGUAAAAUUCUAAUAAAGGAAUUGCCUCAAUGUUACGGUAAAGAAACCACGUGUUGAUUAUUAUGGUAAAAAAUUUUGCUAUAAUUUGCCCAAUUUUACCUUCAAAUCGACAACGAUUCUUUGGGAAUCCUUUUGAUGAGACGUUACGACGAAAUUACUAUUUUAAUAUGCUGUUACAUCGUCUUAUAUCUUUACAACUGCCGUAUUCAUCUCUGGUAUUAUUUUUAAUAAUAUUUACAUAGUUCAGGCUAGAUGUUGUACUAUAAUUUGCCCAAUUUUACCUUCAACUCGACAACGAUUCUUUGGAAAUCGGUUUGUUGAGCCAUUACGACCAAAUUGCUAUUUUAACAUGACAUUACGUCAUUUUAGGUUUUUACAACUGCUAUAUUCAUAUCUGGUGUUGUUUUUAAUAAUAUUUCUAUAGUUCAGGGUAAAUAUUUUGCAAUAAUUUGCCCAAUUUUACCAUCAAAUCCAAACCGAUUCUUUAGGAGUCGGUUUGUUGAGACGUUACGACGAAAUUACUAUUUUAAUAUGCUGUUACAUCGUCUUAUGUUUUUACAACUGCUGUAUUCAUGUCUGGUAUUGUUUCUAAUAAGAUUUACAUAGUUCAGGGUAGAUAUUUUACCAUCAUUUGCCCAAUUUUACCUUCAAAUUGACAACGAUUCUUUAGGAAUCGGUUUGUUGAGCCAUUACGACGAAAUUACUAUUUUAAGAUGGCAUUACAUCGUCUUAGGUUUUUACAGCUUCUGUAUUCAUGUCUGGUGUUGUUUUUAAUAUUUACAUGGUUCAGGGUAAAUAUUUUGCAAUAAUUUGCCCAAUUUUACCUUCAAAUCCAAAACGAUUCUUUAGGAGUCGUUUUGUUGAACCGUUACGACGAAAUUACUAUUUUAAUAUGGCGUUACAUUGUCAUACGUUUUUAUACAACUGAAGUAAUAUCUGGUAUUGCUUUUAUGAAUGAUCUACAUAGAUCAGGUAAACGUUUUGUUAGAAUUCGCCCAAUCUUAUUAUCUCUAAUUCGACAAAGAUUCUUUGGAAAUCGUUUUGUUAAGCCGUUACGACGAAAUUACUAUUUUAAUAUGGUGUUACAUCGUCUUAUGUCUUUACAACGGCUGUAUUGAUGUCUGGCAUUGUUUUUAAUAAUAUUUACAUUGUUCAGGAUAGAUAUUUUACCCAAUAGACAGAUAUUUUACCCAAUAGAUAGAUAUUUUGCCCAAUUUUACCUUCAAAUUGACGAUUCUUUGGGAAUCGUUUUGUGAGACUAUUACGAAAUUAUUAUUUUAAUAUCAUUACAUCGUCUUAUGUCUUUACAACUAUUGUGUUCAUGUCUGGUAUUGUUUUUAAUAAUAUUUGCAUAGUUCAGUGUAGAUAUUUUACUAUAAUUAGCCCAAUCUUACCUUCAAAUUGACAACGAUCCUUUAGGAAUCGGUUUGUUGAGCCAUUACGACAAAAAAACUAUUUUAAGAUGGCAUUACAUAGUCUUAGGUGUUUACAACUUCUGUAUUCAUGUCUGGUGUUGUUUUUAAUAAUAUUUACAUGGUUCAGGGUAAAUAUUUUGCAAUAAUUUGCCCAAUUUUACCUUCAAAUCCAAAACGAUUCUUUAGGAGUCGGUUUGUUGAGACGUUACGACGAAAUUACUAUUUUAAUAUGCUGUUACAUCGUCUUAUGUCUUUACAACUGCCGUAUUCAUGUCUGGUAUUAUUUUUAAUAAUAUUUACAUAGUUCAGGCUAGAUGUUGUACUAUAAUUUGCCCAAUUUUACCUUCAACUCGACAACGAUUCUUUGGAAAUCGGUUUGUUGAGACGUUACGACGAAAUUACUAUUUUAAUAUGCUGUUACAUCGUCUUAUGUCUUUACAACUACCGUAUUCAUGUCUGGUAUUAUUUUUAAUAAUAUUUACAUAGUUCAGGCUAGAUGUUGUACUAUAAUUUUAGCAAUUUUAAAGGUCUUUUAUGCACGACACCAGAUUCUUUUUCAGCUUAUCGUUAUUUUGCCGUAUCCAUCUCAAGCCUUCUGAUGAUAAGUAUCCCUAAAUCGUAAUUAAUUUAGGAAAUUUAUUUUAUUUUUUAGUUGUAGUGAUUUAAGAGAAUCUCUUACUCAUCAUCAGCAAUGGUUCACAAUCUUUUCGAUAUUUCCAAUUGUUAUUGUUAAAGUUUCUAGAUUUUUCUAUUCGUUUUUUUAUAUAAUAGUCCCCGAUAUUUAUUGAUUUUUAUUUUUUACUCUUUGAUAUACUCUCCCUUUGUGUCACUGCACCUCUCCAUGUGCUUCACUCACCAUUUCAUGUCCACAUAUUUAUAUUGUUCUAUUUUUUAUAUAACAUUAAUUUAUUAUAAUUAAAAAUACAUAGCUUUCAUUCGUUCCCACGUUUUAUAAUACUCUGUAAUUUUAAAAUAUUUUAAAAUAUGCAGCUAUGGUCUAGUCUACAAUUUUUCUAUAAUACUUUUUUCUGUGCCUCCUUUAUUAAGGGAGAUAUCAAACUCCAAGGUAUAAUCGAUCACCCUCUAUAAAAUCGAUACCUUUAAUGUCAUAGCCUACACUAUAGUUCAAAGAAUAUUAAUGUACGUUCAGUGUGUCAUAAGUUCAACAAACUGGUUAUAAAAAAUGCAUGUGUCAACCUUUGCGAUAAUUUCUUUUCUGAUAAAAAAUUAACCAUGAAUCUGUUUUAUGAGAUUUUAAUUUCUACUUUUUAGCUAUAUAAAGAUUUUUAGUUUUUAUAUUUUAGAACAAAUGUAAAUAAUAAAAAUAUAGAUAAAUUUGUACCUAUGU